AUGUCCCGUAACACGCAUGCGCGGAAAGGGCGCGACCGUCAGCUCAGUUCGCCUGUGUCAGACCAUGAAUUCCUGCAGGACUGGUCACUACAUGCUGCCCUUAUUGCUGAUCACAUCAUGUCUGAUCACUACCUAUGGACUGUGUUCAGUAAUCCCACUGAUGUUCUGGCUGAGUGUGAUCAGACUUCAUGUGGAUCAAAGGAGGGAUAUCAGAUGAUUCAUGAUCAGCACCUGAAGGGGAAUCUCUCUCUCACCAUCACCGACGCUGAUUUCACUAAGAGAGCCCUGUACAUGUGUGACUGUGAUGAUAAAGGUCUCUGUAAGGUGCAGCUUCUGAUUCUGCCAUUGCGUACUUCAGCACAGAUAAAGCCCGGUGAACCUCUGAUCAUGCAUUUGGAGAUACCAGAAGAAGUGGAGGUGAUUUAUAACAGCACAGGGGCAGCUGGACCAUCCAGUGGUCAGAUCUGUACAGUGGAUGGACGGUCACUACAGUGUAAACCUGAAUACACACGGAGAGUAUCUGCUGUUCUUGAGCUGAGAGGAGUGACUCCACCUGACAGUGGAGUUUAUACUGUAAUGGACAAAAAGAAUGAAGAGGCCAUUCACAUCUACACAGUGACCGUGGGGUCAGCAGGUGGAAGUGAAUUAAAGGCUGACCAUCCAGAUGUGGACACAGAUAAAGGAGCUGCUGUUCCAGUGUGGGUUUUUGCACUGGUGGUCACUGCACUUGCAGCUGUGAUUGUGGUGUUAGUAGUGGUGACUGUGUGGCUGAGGAGAGAAAACCAGCAGCUCCAGAUGAAGAAUAGAAGCAAUCAUCUUGAAAUGAGUGGAAACAGGAACUACAAUCCAGAAGAAGUAAGACUGUCCCCCUCCAGUAAUGACCCCGAAACUGUGAGAGAUCAUCACUAAUCAGUAUCUCUCUUUUUUGCCUUUUUCUGGUUCAAUCCACUUUUCUCUCCUCCAUCCUCUUUUAAUGGAUUUUGAAAAGGUGCAAACAAAACAUGGAUGGAAAAGACCGAAAAUCCAUGAAGUGCCUCAUGACACGAAAAUAUCGCAGAACUUUUUAUUUGUGGAUGAAGUGGAAGAGUAGGUUUGUUGAUAAAAGAGAAACAUGAAAAACAGUCAAGGAAACAGAUCUUUUAGAAGAAGUGAUGAUGUAGUGGGAACAAAAGUCACGUGUGGCACUGCGUCCUCUAGGACUGCCCACUCCGCUCCGUCCAGCAUCUCUGAACUGUUGGAGCUUCAGCUGACAGAGGACUGUAAAACUGCUCUACUGAGACACUAUAAAGGCUCACAUGCUGAGAGAGACUCGUCUUGUAUGGUGCAAAUGUGUGACAUCAUCUUCAGGACUUUGUGCAAAGUCUGCACAUUUUCUUUUACUGAUUUUUUGGGUCUUAAAAUUUGUGGAACAAGUGGAAACGAAUGGAACGCUUGUGUGUGAGAGCGGCUGUUUGUGUGUAGCCAUAUGGACAGUCCAGCACUGCCUGCUCUUCAUCUACAGAGCUUUAAUGUAAGCGGCCCAAACUGAGCUUUACUUUAGUCUCUGUCUAACUCUAAACAUCUAAAACUAACUCUAAAGGCUGCUACUGAGUUCUAGUCCAGAACACCCAGUGUUUUUAUAUGUCUAUAGGACAUUAUUAGACAAGCUCUGAAACCAAAGGGACCUGCACACCUACUUGCCACCAAAGUGUCAGACAGUGAUGCCAUAAAAAUACCAAAAAGUCAUUUACUGCCAAGAUCAUUUACUGAUAUUCCACAAACUGGUGCUGAAGAGCUCCAUUCAGCAGAAGCAGCUCCAAUGUUUCUUUAUUGAGACUUUACUGAGAAUGUGAUAGCAGAGUUAUUUCACUGUCCUUUUCAGUGGACAAACCACAUGAGAUUGAAAUUACUGUGUGUUUUAAAAGCAGCUCUGUGAUCAGAAACUGACCAUUGAUGAAGGUCUAGAGAAUGAAACUGUACAUCUACAGAUGUUCUUCAGUCUCUAACUGUACACCAGCACGGUGAAGUGAAUGGGUUUCCGAUUUAUUUAUUUAUGUUCUUCAGACUGAUCUUUAGUCUGUGAGCAUGAGUGACUGAAGACCUUAGCUGAGGAGCUGAUAGAGUCACUAAAGGAAUGAAUGUUGUUUUUAAACCUUCAGUACUGCUGUAAAUACUGUCUUUAACUGGAUGAUCAACUAAGAGCACUUGAACUUACCUGGAAGUGUGUGCAACAUCACUUGAAGAGGAACCCAGAGAUUCCUUCCUGCUCAUAGCUUCACAAUCGUGUUCGAUGUACCACGGUGAUGGCAGUUGUUUUCAGGUUAUGCUGUUCUUAAUUCUAUUGAAGCCUCAUGUUAAUACAUCUGUGAUUGUCUGUGUGU